AUGACAUCGAGCACAAGCCCGGAGUCCCAACAACAACCCCGACAAGAACACGAACAAGUGACAAACGCGACACCCGCCACUCAGGCGCAGCAGCGACUCCGCUUAUCAGAUGGCGGGUUAUCAUUCCAGGAUGGAUCGGCCGAAUCCACCCAGCGCAAAAGGCGCAGAAGGACAAUUGCCUGCGCCCCAUGCAGGAAUAGGAAAGUCAAGUGUGAUUUUGGCUAUCCGACAUGUAAUCGCUGUAUGAAGGGGCCUAAUCCGGGCGCCUGCGUGUAUGAGUCCUCGAUUCAUGUGGUGCAGCAUCAACCCCACAGCCAGCAACAGCAGCCGCAGGAUCUAUCUGCAUCAUCAGUCCUAUGGCAUUCGGCAGAGGCUAAUAUGCCCAACGCACACGUACCUGCCCUUGUUGCAGAGCCGGCAAAGCAGCAAGGAGACGAAAGUCGGAUUAGGGAACUGGAAAGGCUUGUGCAGAGCCUUGUCCAGUCGUCGUCGCCGCCUGGUACCAUCGCUGUUUCAGCCAAUACGGAUUCGCUCUCCCAUUCGCACAGGUCCCAGCUACGGUCAACCACCACUAGGCCUAAUGAAUCAUCUUCUUGCGACGAUGUAUCUGCGCGAAAAGAGCAAUGGAGACGCGAGGUUCCCAGUCGCCCCCGGUUUGAUGGCCAUGAAACUCGGACUCGGUUUUGGGGGUGUAGUAAUGGGUCGAAGUUGUCGUGCGAGCUGGAGGGGCUGAAUACGUUUAUGCAGAAUCUGACGUCUUCGACCUCUCUCGGGGCGAUACACCGUGAAAUCCACAGGCUAGGGAGGGACAGGCCACAGAAACCACUGUCCGGAGAGCUGGCGAUAGAUGCUAAUUUCUUGAAGAGCCUCCUUCCAAUUCGACCACUGGUGGAGAAAUUGGUUAACUGUUACUUUUCUUAUGUGGGGAAGAUGUACAGCAUUCUUCACCUGCCAUCCUUUCACACGCAGCUGAAGCAGCUCUGGGACGAACCGGGAGAAACCCCUUGUCAUUUUAUUGUGCAGCUCCUUCUGGUAAUGGCGUCGGUGUGGAGUGUGAACACGCCCAGUCCGUUUACGGCGACAGGAACGAAGAUUCUAUCUCAUCGUGUUGCAACGGACUGGAUUCACUGGUCCGAGGCGUGGCUUUUCCAUGCCAACAUCAAACGACCAACUCUAGUUGUUUUGCAGGUGCGUUGUUUGCUUAUGCUGGCCAAAGAGGCAAACUAUACACAGAAAAAUCAAGCUUGGAGCGCCGCGGGAACACUGGUGAAGUUAGCCAUGUCAGCCGGAUGUCACCGUGAGCCACUGCCGGCCACCAAAAUUUCGGAGUUCAACAGAGAAAUGCGAAGGAGGAUAUGGGCGACUGUUCUAGAAUUGGACCUACAGGCAUCCCUUGAUCGUGGGAUGCCUCCGACGAUGCAAAUGUCGGACUACGAUUGCUCCCCGCCUCUGAACAUCAAUGACGAAGACAUGCGAGAAAAUACGACUCAUAGUCUCGAAGAAAAGCCGCUGAACGUCAUGACAGACUCUUCGUUCCAGAUUGCUCUUAUGCAAUCCGUGGGCCUGAGGCUGCGGAUAUGCGCUCUCGUCAAUGCCCCCCGUGUUUCCAUAUCAUCCAGCGAACUUGCGCUUUUGGAAGAGGAGAUCAACAAGAACCUUUCGGAAAUUCCAGACUGGCAGGCUACGAAUUCUUCCGGGGGGUUCAUUACACAAAAACAGCAACUACUUCUCUGGCGAACUCUUUUGGAAGCGAAUUUGCGGCGAUGCCAGCUCUCUCUUUAUACGUACACCGCCCUCGGAGGGCUUCCGGGCUCCAUGAGCAGCCAUGCAACACAGGCUCGUCUUGAAGUUGCAGUUAUGAUUCUCUGCCAACAACAGCUGCUCAUUGAUAAUCUCGGGAAGCUCGCCUGGUGUGCGCUGGCGGAUGUAACCUUUCAUGCUGCAUUUACCAUCUGUCAUCAUCUGCAUGCCUCGGAUAGUGGGUUCACGUCAUCUGUAGUUCGCCAGGCCAUCCCAAGCAUAACAGACAUUUUGAUAUCCUUGGUCCAGAAAACAUUAUCCUGGCUAGAGGAGAAGUUCCUUGUCCUGGAAAAAGGAAUGCGGGAGUACUACUUCCUCUGCAUAUCCAUUACGCUCGUAAAAACUAAGCUGUGGCCCGAGUCAGCAGCGGCCUUUCAACAGCAUGCCAUUGACCGGUUAAGUAAUUUGAGUUAUAAUUUGCACUCGAGGCAGGUGGGGGAUGAGGACAAUGCCUCAGAGCCGUCAAGGGCUCAAAAUCCGUCAGUCCCCGGCGUCGUUUCCCAGAGAAUUUCUGCUGUUUCUUCUGAACGGUCGUUUGUGGGCCAGCCUGCAUGGGCGGAUGCGCUUGGUGAUUUUGACGGCUUUGAAAAUUGGGAUUUCUUUGGUGAAUUCGAGGCUGAAUUUCCUGGUUCGGGGGUUAUCUGA